AUGCUGGAUAAACCAAAUAAAGAGAAACAUGUCAAACCUAGAAAACAUGUUAGUUCAGCUUGUUUAGAGUGUCGUAAAAGGCAUUUUAAAUGUGAUGGUAAUCAACCAACUUGUGAAAAUUGUACUAAACGAAAUAAAAUAUGUACUUAUGUUGCUAGUCAUAGAGGUGGUUCAAGAAAAAAAGGAGUUUCAAUGAAGAAAAAUCAAAUGACUGUAAAUGAUGUAAAUCAAGGACCUGAAAUGCCAAUGUUUGUUGCAGAAAUUGAAGAUUUUGGUCAAAAGAAGAAUAGUGAAGGUUCUAUAAGUACAAAUGAGGAUAUAAUAGAUAAGAUUCAUCAAUUACCUUGUGCUCGAGAUCAUUCAGUUUGUCAAGAUUCAAAUUGCCCUGGUAAAAGUGCUGUUAAUUAUUUUGAUAAAAGACUGGAUCAUCCAUUAAAUGAACAUGAACAACAAAUGGUUGAAAGCUUAAGGAAAAAGAUUAAAUUGGAGAAUAAUAUGAAUAAUUUGGAUUGUUUAUUUAGUAGUAAGGAACCUCUUUAUGGAGUUAGCUCAUUUCAAGAUUUGGAUGUUGAGUUACAUGUACAUGAUAGAAACAAUUUUAUGAAUGAAUCAACAUUUGAUAAAGAGGAGAUACUACGGAACUAUUAUGAAACAUUUCACAAAAGUCAUCCAUUCCUACCAUCAAAACAAGAAUUAUUCAUAUAUUUUUCAAAUUUAUCUAUAGAAAGAGAAUUAUUACCAAUUUUAAAAAUAAUAGGAGAUGGCAAAACGUCUACUAUUUACGCAAAAAAUACAGAAUUGAUAUCUGAUAGAAUAACGCAAUGUAUUGAAAUUGUUAAAAAUACUGGUUUAUUAGAUCUAAUAUCCAUCCAAGUUUUACUUUUAACUGCAAUAACAGCUCAUAUAUCAUCAUUACAUUCUUUGAGCAAAAAAUUGCGACAAUUUUGUACAUAUUUAAUCAAAACUUUGCAAAUUGAUUUUAUUGAUCUGGUAGAUUCCGUCAAUAUUUUGACACCAACAACUGAUUCAAAUGAGUUAGAAGUAUUUCACUCACCUAGAUUAUCUCAUAUAUCUAAAAUCAGUAUUAUUGAAAGUUCAAGAAGAGUAUUCUGGGAUUUACAUUUUUUUGAUGUUAUAAUUGGUUCUGCCGAUGGUAAAACUAUAUCACCAGUUUCUAAGUUAUUAGGAUCAAUUAAAUAUCCAACUUCUCCAUCAAGAGAGGAAUUUGAUUAUAAAGGUAGAUCAGAAGCUGCAAAAUUAGUUACACAAGCAGUUGAAAUGAAUGUACAAAUUAUAAAUAAGAAACCAUAUGAAAUGAUUUUAACAAAACUUAAGGCUGAGUUAUCAAGUUGGGAAAUGAGAUUAAAUAAUCCACAAUUAUUUCAAGCUCCAAGUUUAAUACAUAAAAAUGGUGAUAUAAAUGAAGGUGUACAUCAAUCAGUGAUAUUAUAUAAUUAUGCAAAAAUAUUUGCACAUAGACCAUUUUCAUAUCUUUGGAAAAUUAAUUCACCACAAUUACCUAAAUGCAGUGGUGAAACAAUUAAAGAAAAAGAUUUACCAACGCAAUUAAAAUCAGAUUCAAAAACUACAAUUGAAACUAGAAAAACUAUAGAAGCUGCAAAUUCAAUAGUUGAACUACUAAUCGAUACAAAUGCAUCUAAAGUACAGGAAAGAACACCAUUUGUUGCUUGUGCAUUAGCAUUAUCAUCAUUAGUUCAUUUAAGUGCAUAUAUAUGGUUAGAAACAACUUUACAAAUUGAUUCAUAUAAUAACCUUGGAUUAAACAGAGAUGAUUUGGAUAUAUAUACAGAAUACAUUAAAUUAGCAUUAAGUGCAAUAUAUCCAAUAGCUGAACAUUGGCAAUUAUCAAAUAAAUUGGCAAAACAUAUCAGAGAAUCAUUAAUAACGAUAAAACCAAAAUUGUAUUCAAAAUUGAGAGAUUAUUUACCACAUGUAGAUAUUGAAAUAGAUCAACAACAACAGCAAACAACUUCAAGUUUAGCAUCAUCAAUAGAUCAAUCAAAUUCAUAUCAAGAUACCCUUGAUAAUCAAAAUCAAAUGUUGAUAGAUGAUCAAAUAGAUUGGAAUAUGGGUCAAAAUUCACCAAUAUCACCAUCUGGAUGUGAUUGGAUAGAUAAAGCAUUAUUAGAUUUAUUUGAUGAUGGUUCCAUAGUUGCAUAAUAUAUAUUUAUUGUCUUCUAUUUAAUUUGCCAUCUCUAUAUAAAUUUAGCUGCAAAAAAAGAAAUCCACAAUUUGGUAGCACAAUUUUGAAAAAUAAAUUUGAUGGGGAAAUUUAUUAUCAUCAAAACUUUAUUUACAACUUAACGAAAUCUAUUCAAAAUAGCUAAUAAACGUAGGGCAAAACAAAUACGUGCUCCAUAUAGGAGAUACGUUUAUAGAUCAAAUAAUUAUGCUGAAAAUUCAGAUGAUGAUGAAGAUAAAGAAAAUGAACAAGAAGAAUCAUUAUAUACAACAAAUUUAAAUAAAUUUAAACAAGGUGUUAAUUUAAGAUCUAUUUAUGUAUUAAGAAAUCCAAAUUAUAAAGGAAAAAUAUGGCCAUUAAGUAAAUUUGAAAAAAUAGAUGUUUUAAAAUGUGCUGUAUUAGGUUUUAAUCCUGAUUAUGACCAAGCUAAACAAAUUGAACAUGAAGAAAAAGAUAUGAUGAAAUUUCCAGCCGAGAUAUUUGUAAACAUAUUUAAAAUACUACAUGCUACUGGCAAAUUAAAACCGAAGUUAAUGAGAGUUUGUAAAUUAUUUUACAUGAUUAUUUUACCAAUUUUAUAUGAUUCACCAUAUUUAAAAGCUACAAAUUUUUUCAAUUUUGUUGGUAGUAUAUCAAAUAAUAAAAGUUUAGGUCAAUAUAUUCAUCAAUUAGAUUUAUCAUAUAUUAUUCAAACUGGUAAAAAUGCAUUUGUUGCAAAAUUGUUAAAAACCGCAGGGCCAAAUUUAGAAUCAUUUGUUGCACCUCAAACAAGUUUUGGUUUUGGACCAAUGAUGAGUUUAAAAAACUGUUUUAAUUUAAAAAUACUUGAUCUUAGAUUAGUUUCUGAGACUUUAAACUUAGAAGAAUUAUUUAAAUCAAUACGGAAUUUGACUAAGUUAGAAUCUUUAUCAUUUCCUAGAUCUUCAAUCGAAAUACAUGAUUAUAAACUGGUAAACUGGCCUCCAAAAUUAACAUUUUUAAGAAUAUCAGGUGGUAUAUCUGAUGAAUUUUUAUAUUUAUCACAAUUUCCACAACUGAUUACUCAUUUAGAAUUUGCACAUUGUCCAUAUAUAAGUGAUUCAGGAUUACGACAAAUAUUAUCUCGAAUAGGAAAUAAUUUAAUUAAUUUAAAAAUACAAUAUCCAAUGCCUGGACUAAGAAAAGAUUCAUUAGAUCAAGUAUUUUUUUAUUGUCCAAAUUUAAGAGUAUUAGAAAUAAGUGUUGAUUAUGUAUCUUCACUGUUUUUCGAUGAAGAAAAUUUAGGGUUUUUAGAUUAUCCAAGACCGUUAAGAACUUUAUAUAUUAAUAGUUCAGGAAUGUUGGGUACUUCAACAAGAUUAGAUCCAAUUGAUUUAUAUAUUGCAUUAACUGAAAGAUUACCAUUAUUAAAAAAUGUAUCAUGUACUGCAAAAUUAGGUUGGCAUCCAAAAUCAGAUGCAAUGGAAUAUAUAGUUAAUGAAUUAGAUGAAAGAAACGGUGGGAUUUAUAUAGGUUAUUAA